CUGCGUGUGCUCGACUCACCAGUCACCACGGGCUCGCGCAGCUCGUGCACUUGAGUUGAAAACUUCUCCGCGCGAUUGCGGAGCGCACACGAGACGCGAACCAGAGCCAGAGCGGUAAAUCACGGACUCCUGCUCCCGUUCUCGAACCAGAACCACCGCGAAACAUGGAUGAUUUAGAUGCUCUUCUUGCGGAUUUGGAGUCCACAACCUCCCACAUUUCCAAACAAGCUGUUUUUCUGCCAGAAGAGACGCCAUAUUCUUACCCCAAGAGAAAGGACUCGUAUCAGGACGUGUCCUCCCCACCUCCACUAACCUCUCCUCCUGCUCAAACACUGAAUGGAUCUUGGGUAGAAAAGCCAGAAUCAAAGCACUCAUCAACCCAGUCUUUUAGCUCGGCUCCGAAAAGUGCCAGUCCUCGUGUGUCACAAUCCGAAGCAGAGCACGUCUAUAGUUUCCCGAACAAGCAGAAGACUACUGACCCCCCCGCCGCCGUCAUGAGCUCGUCACUGGGCAGUAACCUGUCAGAGCUGGACCGUCUGCUGCUGGAGCUCAACGCCGUACAGCACAGCACACCCUCCUUCCCUACUGAAGAGGCCUACCAACCCAAACCAGCCAGCAACACCCAGCGCUAUGUCCCAGAAAACGGCGUCUCAUCAGUAGUGAAAGCACCUCCUCCCAAGUUAGAGAAACCCAAACGCAGUGCACCCGGACGGGGGAUAGAGGAAGUCAGACCCAGUGUGGAGAGCCUGCUAAAUGAGUUGGAAAGCUCUGUUCCAGCCCCUGCGUAA